UUUCACUUCCAGAUGAGUCCGACCCGUGUACAAUUACGUGUAGUCAUUGGGCAACUCCUGACUUUUCAAGGAGAUCGUAUUCCAGGCUCAUACAUAUUUCAUAACUUCACUAACAGUAGUGUCUUGUGUUGUACCGUAGAAUCUGUAAGCGUGCAAAAGAAUCUUUCAUCCGCGACAAACCACCUUGACAUACGAUAUGCAUGAAUUAUAAAGUCUUGAUAGUAGUUGAUACGAGUACUGAUGAAAGCCAUGCGACGCGUACGGUGCUCACCUUUCUAAAUUGCUCAUCUGCCACCUUGUAGGUUACCCACAUUUGGCUUACGAGGCAACAAUAUUAUUAAUGUUAAGCUACCAGCAAACACGUAGGUAGUAAAUACUGCUCGUAGGAUCGUAGAUAUCCCGAAUGAUCGAAUCCCAGCAUUGCAGCAAAAUGAUUAACUACUAACUGAACUAAAAAGAUCGAUGUAGCGAUUCCAUGUAGUAUAAUGCCGUAUAAGCGACAUCGUUCGGAUAUCGGAUGCAUGAUGAAUACAGUGCGAUCUGUACUAAGCGGUCAAGCUGUUUUUGAUGUUAUGAUGGCGUAGUUGGGCAUCGCCAAAUCCUCGUCGAGCCGUGCAGUUCUAAGACGUACUGGGAGUUCUGAAAUCAUUUACAAAUUACUGCCGAUGUUGCGAACGGUGAAUUAGCGUGAGCGGGAUUAAUCAGUCAGCCACUGCCCGCUACCUUGGAAGAAAUGGAUUUGGCGGCUGCACAAUCCGUCACCAUCCUCUGCAUGUUUGCUGCUUGCUUCACAUCAUGUAUUGUUCCUUCUGUUGUACACAUCCACACCGAACCACAUUCCCGAAAGCGACGGAUUCUUCGGGCUUUGAAACGAUACUGCAAUUGCCUGUCUGGUGGUGUGUUCGCUGGCGCUUUCUUCACCCAGUUCUAUCCACAUGUCGUGAAGGAGUUUACUGAACUCAUCCCUGAUGCACAUUCCAUAUGGCACCAUCCUCUGCAGUUGGGGCCCACGGUGGUUUUCUUGGGAUUCCUGCUUACAGCGCUCUUGGAAAAAAUUGUUGAUAUUAUUUUGCGCCGGCUAAAAAAGCAACAAACGCGAGGCGACGCGGUCAAUCAGCAGGAAAUGAAUGAUGUGUCCGUCGAUGGGCCGUUUGUUCACGACGAUGAUCCCGAAGAUGAGGACAGCGUGGAUACCGAUCCGCUUUCACCAGCCACCCAACUAACCCGACCGGCUUCGAGAAAGGAAGCCGAGGCGCAUAAUCACUCUCGUAGCACUAGCGCCGCAUCCCAUGGGCAUCACCAUCCUCAUCACAUUUCACUGGAAGAAUACCAGGGAGCAACGCGGUUUAUCGUGCUUUUGGCAUCUUUGGGAACCCAUUCGGCGUUUGAAGGAAUGGCGCUGGGCCUAAUCAAAAGCGUCAGUCUUCUUUUUAAAUUGUUUUUCAGCAUCUUAAUCCAUGAAUUCCUCAUGGCUUUGGCGCUGGGGAUCUCCCUGUCGCAGCAGCAGAUGCGUUUGCGCACCCGCCUGGUGUUUUGUCUCAUCUUCUCCAUCACCAUCCCUUUGGGACAAGUGGUGGGAUUGCUAAUCCAACAGACACCGGAGACGCCGGUAGGCACAGCGUGUAAUGUGGUGUUGAAGGCCAUCGCGGCGGGUACAUUUCUCCACGUGAUGUUCAUGGAAAUACUUCCGCAAGAACUGCAUGGUCAUUUCGGAGUUAUUGAAGCCAUGUGGGUAAUUGUUGGAUACUUGUUAAUUCCUUUGACAUCGCUGGCUACGGGGGGAGACCACUGAUGUGAAUAUGGACAUUUGUUAAGUGGUUAGUCAAAAAUUCGGAUGUGAUAUUUUAUGCUUUCUCGGUGUGGUUUUUAUGGCUGUUGUGUGGCAGUUGCAACUUUGCACACUCCCAAAGAAUGUUAUUAGUUAAGUACUGUUGACGAAUUCGGUUACUGUAUCUUUUUUCAAGUUUCGGUAUUUUAUGAUAGUGACAUUUUAAUCUAACAUAACGAUAUUCUUAAACCAAGCCAAUCAGUAUCUAAAA